AUGACCCUGCCUGCUCCGGAACUCCCAUAUUUCUGCGACGCCAAAAAACUACCUGCCCCGUUGCCGACACCUGAUGAGAUUGAAGGGGCAACGCAUGAUCUUCCUUGUACCAUCGAGCCAAUGUACAAAAGAAUCGUCCUCGACAGGGAAAAAUUCGUCGUCAAACACGGAAUCUCGCCUUGGGUAUCAGAAAAUGAAGGACACGCCCUUCUACUUCUUCGACGGUACUCAGGCAUCCCAGUCCCCCGGCUCUAUGCCAUGUAUCGCAAGGACGACCGGAUCUUUUUGAUCAUGGAAUUUAUCCAUGGGGUCCAACUCAGCGAAGUCUGGAAGACAUGUCAGAGGAUGAGAAACUUCCGAAAAAUCCCUUCCCCUGGGACGUUUUGCAGCGUCCGUGGAGGUCCGUUGCUUCAUCGGUUCUUUCUCUCAUGGAAGGUCCAAACCGAGAUCACCGGCCUUUUUAAAAACGAGGAGGACUUUCACAGAGCCCUGGCCUUACGGUCGCAGGGAAACUGGGCAGACAAUGGUACUCGUCGGAGCUGGACUUCGGAGUUCUUCGCGCGGAACCUCCCCACGGCAUUCACAGGUCACCCAAGCGUUUUCAUACACACAGACCUGCAGCGCAAAAACAUUAUUGUGUCCAGGGGUAUGUCGGAAUCAAGCAAUGGCGACGAGAGUUGCCUAUAUGUUAGUGCCAUCGUAGACUGGGAAGAUGCUGGUUGGUAUCCGAGCUAUUGGCAGUAUGCUGGAAUGUUCAUUGACUUCAUAUGGGAGGAUGAUUGGCCUGAAAAGUUCGAGUUUAUUGUUGAUGCUUGUCCAUUAGAAGCGGGCUUGUUAAGAUGUCUGCGGCAGGAUCUAGACUACUGA